AUGCAAAACAAACAGCAACCAAAAAUGCGAGACACUAUUGUCCUGUGCCCAGCUCCAACCAUGGGCCAUGUAGUCUCCAUGGUAGAGCUAGGCAAGCUUAUCCUCCACCGCUAUGGCCACCGCUUCUCCAUCACCAUCUUCCUUAUCACCGCUGAAUUCUUCGAAACCCCAUGCCUUGUUUCAUACAUCAACGCCAUCUCUCAAACCUACCCUUCUAUCUCCUUCCGUCAUUAUCCUCCUGUCUCCUACGACACAACUCUUAAUCGCAGCAAGCCUGCCGUACUCUUUGAGUGCAUACUCCUCAACAAGCCUAAUUUUCUUGAUUCCCUUCAAGAAAUCUCCAAGAAAGAUAAAAUCUCUGUUUUUGUUAUUGAUCUCUUCUGCACCUCUGCUCUUUCUCUAGGUAAAGAUCUAAAAAUCGCCACUUACUAUUUUUUCACUUCUGGUGCUAGUUGUCUUUCUGCCUUCUUAUAUUUCCCUAAAAUCCAUGAACAAUACGACGAGAACUUCAAAGAUCUUGCAAACACUGUCCUUUAUUUCCCUAACUUGCCACCUCUUAAAGCUAUUCACAUGCCGGAACCGAUGCUAUCAAGAGAUGAUCCUUUCUAUUAUGACUUGCUAUACUUCUGUUCGAAUCUCCCAAAAGCAGAUGGAAUUAUUAAAAAGCCAGAACCUUCUUAUAAAUCCCUACACUCUAAAUCAAACACUUUGCUCUCUGUGUUAGCCGCAUCAUCUGAAGAACUGAUGAGAAUGUUGCAAAAGGUAAUGUUGUAA